GAACGCGGUGCAUUAGGCCUUAGGCUUGACCAAAGUGAUCAUUACUAACAGUUUCUUAGCAGAAUUCCUAAGCCACAGCCAUUCAUGAAGACAUGAGUCCUCGAAAAAUUGCAAGUUCAAGGCGGGCAACGUGGUUAGCCUUUGGCUUGGUGGCACUCGCUGCGUUCUCUGCCUCAGCCCAGCCUCAAACCGAUAGUAUAGAAACCACUCCCCUGGAACGGGAACACGGUGUGCAAGUCCCAAAUGACGCUACCGUAUAUUCGGAACCAGAGUUCGACCAGGGUGCAGAGGCGACGAGAGCAUACAAGUCUGCUUUAUUCACACUUUCUAACCUCACCGCACAUCCGCCGUCGCAUACCCAUGACGUAUUCUCCCAACCGACCACUACAACGCCCUCUCUUCUCUCUGCGCUCCUCCCAAAUCCACAAGGACAAGGUCCUCUAGGAAGCGCAAUCCGCAUAGCAAUGAAACUUCGUCAACAAUUCUUUCUUUUCCGUCUGUUCAGUGGACCCAGUGGAAGUGCUGCGAGAAGAAAAGAUGAGGAGAUGCGCGGCAAGGCAAUAAAAGUGGUGGAUUUGCUGCAACACUCUGCUGAGCUAGGGAACCUGGAUGCGCUUUUUACGCUUGGGUAUAUAUCUCUGUUCCCUCCAAGCUCCCAUUUCCCUUCCGACCCUGAACUCGCAUAUGAUUCACUCUCGCACCACGCAGCACUGACAGGCAACGCUUCCUCGCAAGCUCUUCUCGCAUUUUUCCAUGCAACAGGUUACGCUGAUGUCGUCCCCAUCGACCAAGCCCAAGCAUUAUUGUAUUACACAUUUGCUGCUCAGGGCGGCCACAAGGGUGCACAGACGGCUCUGGGAUAUCGAUACUGGAGCGGUAUUAGCACAGUCGAAGACUGCGGGCGCGCAGUUGAAUGGUACGAGGCUGCCGCAGAUGAAGCGAUGUCAAUGUUCCUGUCUGGUCCUCCUGGUGGCAGGACCCUGCCACUGACCGCAACGCGACUGUCUGAUCUAGAUGGGGGUGUGUUCGGGCCGGGCGCCAGCGUUGCAUCCACCGGCUUGAAUGUUAUUAAGCCCGCAGUUAAGGCUGGCCUAGCACACACUGCUGGUGAGACGUGGGACGACGUUCUCGAGUACUACAUCUUCAACGCCGACAGAGGAGAAACAGACUUUGCAUUCAAGUUAGGGAAGAUCUAUUACCAGGGUAGCAUCUAUGCUUCUGCGGGUGGUAUCGGCUCUGGCUCGGAAGGCGUUGGACGUGUCCCUCAGGACUUCCAACAAGCACAGUCUUACUUCCUCCAGAUCGCACGGCAGGUCUGGCCUCGUGACCCUGCGAACCCAUUGCAGCAUAACACACCUGGCUACAAGGCAGAAAACAUCAAGCAACCUGGAUACGCAGCAAAGAGCGCGGCAUAUCUCGGGCGGAUGUAUCUCCGGGGCGAGGGCGUGAAGCAAGACUAUGAAAUGGCCAUGAUGUGGUUUGAACGAGGGGUCGAGUUUGAGGAGAAGGAGUGCCACAAUCUAUUGGGUACCAUGUGGAGAGACGGGCUAGUGCCUGGACGCCAUGAUAUGAAGAAAGCCCUUGGGUACAUCAACAGGGCCGCAGGUCAGGAACUCGCAGAGGCUCAUGUCAAUCUUGGAAAGUACAACUACUACCGCGGCGAAUUCAAACUCGCCAUCACGUACUUCGAAACUGCAGUACGCUUUGGCUCGACGUUUGAGGCUCACUUUUACCUUGCGAAGAUCCACACCCUGAACAUGCGUAUUGCAAAUCAAGAUUUUGCAGCAGGCUUCUGCGCUUCUGCGGUUUCAUUCUUCAAACUCGUCGCCGAGCGGGGAGUUUGGGAUGAUGACCUCCUGACAGACGCCGAAGCUGCCUGGUAUAGCGGCACCGAGCGUGGCAAGGAAAUUGCGAUCCUGAAAUGGUGGGUUGCGGCAGAGAGGGGGUCUGAGAUGGCUCAGAAUAAUCUAGCUUACGUUCUAGACCAAGAUCGGAGCAUGCUUCGUCUCACGCGGUUUGCCCCUAUCGAGGCGUCCAAUGAUACUGCUCUCCUCGCCCUCACUCAGUGGACACGUUCCGCUGCACAACGCAACAUUGAUGCACUGGUUAAAGUCGGCGAUUACUAUUACCACGGCCUUGGCGUCCCAGAUGAGCCUGAGGCACUUAGAUGGGAAAAAGCGGCCAAGUACUAUCAGAGCGCUGCUGAUACGCAAGUCAGUGCGUUGGCGAUGUGGAAUCUGGGCUGGAUGUAUGAGAAUGGCAUCGGCGUACCUCAGGAUUUCCAUCUUGCGAAGAGGCAUUAUGAUUUGGCGGUCGAGACAAAUAGUGAGGCAUACCUGCCUGUGCUGCUCUCUCUGGUGAAGUUGUAUGCCCGGAGUCUUUGGUACACCCUUCAGGGUGGCAAGGAUGGUCUUAAUUUGUGGACAUAUGAUGCGGAUAAAAUGUCCGUAGCAGAAAGGGCUCGCUUGAAGCGGGAAAUAGAUAGCGGUUCCAAAGAAACGCCUCAAAAGGACGGCAGUGCUCAACCUGCCCUCCACAAGGAGGACAGGGCUGUCGAAGAGUUUGAGGAUGAUGGAAAUCCGUGGUAUCUAGGUAAAGCCAGUGAGGAUUUCCGUAGACGAAGGCAGGGCGAAGCCGCCCGUACAGCUGCUGCGGCUGAAGAGGAAGAUGACCCAGUCCAAUGGGCACGAGAGAGAAGGAACGCGGAAAAUGAAAGGGAUUCUGAUUUUGGUCCCGAGGACUAUUUUGAGGGUGCUCUUCGUGGUGGACACCAAAGGGAGGAAGAAGUGGACGAAUUUACGGAGACGAUGCUGUUGGUGGCUUUAUGUGCUCUUGUUGCGAUCCUGAUCUACGUCCGCACGCGGAUUGUGCAUAGAGCCAGAGGGCAAGAGCAGGAACAGCAGCAAGAUCGGGGGGGUCAGAGAGAUUUGGGGGUGUUCCCGCCACCAGGUGAUCCAGCCCGGCAGGAAUGGAAUAUCGCGCAUUAGGGUAUUGCACGUUCUUCAUUGUGGUUGUAAGUAUAUAGCCAUGACAGCACACCAAAACGUAGCUUUGGGUCAUUAGAUCCGGUUUGAAACCUUCUAAGUACAAGUCUUGCC